AAGACGCCGAGCUUCGUCUGUCUCUCUCUCUCUCUGUCUGUUUCCCUUGCAAAGGCUCGAUCCACGGCCCAGACAUGGACGACGACAAGCUUUUCCCGUCGUCGGAAACCGACCUCGACCUCAGCUUCACCAGCCUCGCCUCCACCGCCACCACCGACCGCACCUUCGCCUGCUCCAGCGCUCGCAGCAGCCUCACCCUCAGCUUCAACGACCGCCUCUCCACCUCCUCCGCCGCCGUCGCCGCCGACUCCUCCUCCUCCUCCUCCGUCGCCGCCUCCCUCCACCACCGUCCCCACCGCCGGUCCGACCCCAACUGGUCCGCCAUCAAGGCCGCCACCACGCUGUCAUCCGACGGCCGCCUCCACCUCCGCCACCUCAAGCUGCUCCGGCACCUCGGCACCGGCAACCUCGGCCGCGUCUACCUCUGCCGCCUCCGCGACUGCGACUCCGCCAGCUUCGCCCUCAAGGUCGUGGACCGCGACUUCUUGACCAGCAAGAAGCUCUCGCACGUCCAGAUGGAGGCGGAGAUCCUCUCCGCGCUGGACCACCCUUUCUUGCCCACGCUCUACGCCCACAUCAACGUCUCCCACUACACCUGCCUCCUCAUCGACUACUGCCCCGGCGGCGACCUCCACUCCCUCCUCCGCAAGCAGCCCGGCAACCGCCUACCGGUCCAGGCGGUCAGGUUCUUCGCCGCCGAAGCCCUCGUUGCCCUCGAGUACCUGCACGCCCUCGGGAUCGUGUACAGAGACCUGAAGCCUGAGAACAUCCUCUUACGUGAGGAUGGCCACAUCAUGCUGUCCGACUUCGAUUUGUGCUUCAAGGCCGACGUGGUCCCCACUCUCAACACCCGAGCGGGGCCCACGUCGCCGAGGACGGCGAGGAGGAGCCGGAGGCUCUUCUCCUCCUCUUCCUGCCAUUACGGCUCGGUCAAGCGUGGAGGAGAAGGGUUGAGGGAGGUGGUGGCGGAGUUCGUGGCGGAGCCCACCGCGGCCUACUCGAGGUGCUGCGUCGGGACCCACGAGUACCUCGCCCCCGAGCUGGUCUCCGGGAACGGGCACGGCAACGGCGUCGACUGGUGGGCCUUCGGGAUCUUGCUAUACGAGCUGUUGCACGGGACGACGCCGUUCAAGGGCGGGAGCAAGGAGAGCACCCUGCGCAACAUAGCCUCGAGCAAGCAGGUCAGGUUCCAAGUGGCGGAGGAGCGAGAGGAAGCCGGGAUGGCCGAGGCGCGGGACUUGAUAGAGAAGUUGUUAGUGAAGGACCCGCGGAGGCGGCCAGGUUGCGCCCGGGGCGCGACCGACAUUAAGCGCCACCCGUUCUUCGACGGAAUCAACUGGCCGUUGAUCAGGACUUAUCGGCCACCGGAGGUCCAGGGGCUCGUGAGGAAGUCGAGGCCGCACACGAGCCUUGUCGCGAGCGUCGCGCCAAGUCACAAGAGGAGGCGUUGGUGGUGGAAAGGGCUCGAGUGCUUCAUGAGAAGCAGUAAAAGAUCUACGUCGAAGUACUAUUGCUCGAGAAACCCAAACAGGAGCAACAGCAAUUACUAUCAAUACUACGUUAAGAAUAACAGGUCUCCUGAAAUGUAACUAAACCUUUGUGGGUUCCUUGUUUUCUGAGAGUUUUCCACACUCUUUUUUAUUUUGCUUUGCGAGCUCAGGAUUUGUAAAUCGGGUAGUGAUGGCAACCAAACUUCUCCAAGUUUCGGUGGAUGUAUUUUGCUAUGUACACAUAUGGACAGACAGAUUGUAUGGUUUGUAUAUGAAUCAAGGUUACAAAAUGAAGGGGUUUGAGUUUGUGAUUUGUUUAAA